GCAGAUAAAAAGGAGGCGCCGCCACGCUCUCCAGUCUCGGCUGUUCCGGGCUCGGAACGUGGUAUUGGCCGCAGGCCUACUUUCCUUGGGUGACUUGGGUCACAGCCCAUUGCUUGCCGACGAAGUUCACUUGCAGCCUCUGACGCGUCCCUCCGGAGCGGCAGCGACGCUUUCAUGGAGAAGGUCCCGGGACGGUUGCCGGCGAAGUCGCGGGGCGCCAGGUGCAGCAAUGGAUUCCCCGAAGGGGAGCCGCCGCGACCCGGGCCGAGCACGCCGGCGGAGAAGCCGCCGCGGCCAGAGAGCCAGAGUGCCCAGCCGGCGGACGGUUGGAAGGGCGAGCGGCCCCGCAGCGAGGAGGACAACGAGCUGAACCUCCCCAACCUGGCGGCUGCCUACACGUCCAUCCUGCGCUCGCUGGGAGAAGACCCCCAGCGGCAGGGGCUGCUCAAGACGCCCUGGAGGGCGGCCACGGCCAUGCAGUUCUUCACCAAGGGCUACCAGGAGACCAUCUCAGAUGUCCUCAACGAUGCUAUCUUUGAUGAAGAUCAUGAUGAGAUGGUGAUUGUGAAGGACAUCGAUAUGUUUUCUAUGUGUGAACAUCAUCUAGUUCCAUUUAUUGGAAAGGUCCAUAUCGGUUAUCUUCCUAACAAGCAAGUUCUUGGCCUCAGCAAACUUGCUAGGAUUGUAGAAAUCUAUAGUAGAAGAUUACAAGUUCAAGAACGUCUUACAAAACAAAUUGCUGUAGCAAUCACAGAGGCCUUGCGACCUGCUGGAGUCGGAGUAGUGGUUGAAGCAACGGCCGAACCGGCAGCAUAUGUAGCUGCCAGUCUAUGCCACAUCCACAGUCACAGCAACUCAGGAUCCAAGCCGCAUCUGCGACCUGCACCGCGGCUCAUAGUGACGCCGGAUCCUUAACCCACUGAGCAAGGCCAGAGCUAGAACCCACAGCCUCAUGGUUCCUAAUUGGAUUUGUUUCUGCUGCACCACAAUGGGAACUCCUGGCUUUUAUUUUUUAGGGCUACAUCCUAAGCAUAUGGAAGUUCCCAGGCUAGGGGGCGAAUCAGAGCUGCAGCUGCCAGUCUACACCACAGUCACAGCAACACGGGAUCUGAGCUGUUUCUGUGACCUCCACCACAGCUCAUGGCAAUGCCAGAUCCUUAACCCACUGAGCGAAGCCAGGGAUCAAACCUGCAUCCUCAUGGAUAUUAGUCAGAUUUGUUAUUGUUAAGCCACAACGGGAACUCCAAUAAGUGUGUAUAAUACCUCUUGGUAGCUAAACGAGAAACUAACUCUGAGUGCCUCCAGUCAGGGGACUGCAUGACUGGGGCUGGGGGCAGGAGGGAGACUUUUUGUUUACAUUCUUUAUUCUACAAAACAAGAAAACUUAUAUUUGAUCCUUUUGCUUGAAGACAGGGGCAACUUAUCUAAAGGUCUUAAGGCAGAGUCCACACAUUUUACCAAGGUUGACAAUGCCUUUUAUGGCCCUGCCGUGGACUCCAUCCCAUCCCCGGCCCCUAACCCCCACCACUCCCCAGUCUCCAUUCCAGGUAUAUGUUCACUUUUUCUCUUUUCCUUUUUAGGGCCACACCCAUGGCAUAUGGAAUUUCCCAGGCUAGGGGUCUAAUUGGAGCUGCAGCUGCUGUCCUACACCACAGCCGCAGCAACGCCAGAUCUGAGCCAGGUCUGUGACCUAUACCACAGCUCACAGCAACCAUGGUCUUUAUUCCUGAUUGAGGCUAGGGAUCGAGCCCACAUCCUUAUGGACACUAUGUUGGAUUCUUAACCCAAUGAACCACAAUGGGAUCUCUCACGUUUACUGAUUUCAGUUCCUCAGACUCACACACUCUCUCUUGUCCCUAAACCUGGGAUGCCCUCAGGCUCUCUCCAAGAACUCCUAUUUUUUCCUCGGGGUGGCUCCCUCCCUUCAGAGGAAGCUGGGCGGCUUGGCAGGUGUUUCGACGCCCGGACUGAUGGGAGGAGCGCCAGCAGCUCUUACUUACCCCUCUCCCAUGCCCUCCAGUGGACACCCUGAGCCCUGGGCUCAUGUCAUUCAGGCUAAGAGACUGACCCCCAGGGGACCUGUUGGGACAUCUCAACUUUUCUCUUGUUGGCAUAGGACAGACGACCCACUGUUACUGGACUUCAGCUACUGGGUCCAGAAGGAACUUGGCACUUGUCCCCCAUAAGGUGUCUCUGUCUCCAGACCUGCAGCUGGCCAGCACCUACCUGGCACCCAGGAAACCCUGUUGCAUGAGGAAAACAGCAAACCCGGGGCCACACUCUGAAGUCUUUCCUGGAGGACAGGUUGGAUAUGAACACUACAGCAGGUGAAUGAGGGCUUCAUUUUUGUGUUUUAGGAGAGCAAAGUUGACUAGGUUAGGUAAUGAAGUCAUCCAGACCCCAGAGCAAGGGAACCGGAGCAAGCAGGCAGAGUGUGCGCUCUCUGUUCCGAGUCAGACAUGCGCGCUGGGUAGUGGAGGGAGGGAAAGGAUGUCAUGUAUGCAUUUUAUUUCUCUCAUCCACCAUUUGCUGUCUUGGGACAUAUUCCAUCUUGGAUGAGGAACAGGGUCAUAGGUCAAUGCCAAAAGUGACUCAGUCAGGUCCAAGUACUGGAAAUCCAUGUUUAGCUUUUCCCUGGAGAACAGAUAUGGGAUAAGCUUAACAGAAAGCAAAGUGGAGGGAGAGGUUCCAUUGGACAGAUUGGAUCUUGGGGUUUUGUAGGUUCAUCUGACUUCACUCCUGUGCCUGUUGGCAUUUUAUGGCAUGGAAAACUGGAACAAGCUCCCAGGAUGUUGGUGCAAACAGGGACACCCUGUCCUGGCUGUGGUCCCUACAGGGAGGUUUAACUGGAAUCUCUCCACUGUCUUGAGUUCAGUAGCUCUGGUGGGACCAUUUCACUCACCAAAGCUCCAAUUUUGCUUCUCCUGGAUUGGGCUUAAAAACAUAAAACCUCAGAAAAAAUUGUGGAACACACCAUUUAAAAACAUGCGCUAUGAGUCAAAUGUAAAUACAAAGCUGUCUUUUUAUAAAGUCUGAGUUUUA